AUGUCACAAGCUGAUUUAUGCCGUGCUUAUCUGCAAGCUCUGAACGAAGGAAAUUUAGAAAAUGUUCUAUCCCUGUUCGUACCUGGUGCCGUUGUUUCCUCUCCAUUAUAUGGAAUGAAGUCGGUAGAAGAUUUCUAUAGAGAACUCUUUAAUGAUACGAACCAGUCUACCACGACGUUAUUGAACGUAUUCUCCUCGGAUGCAAAAACUGUUGCAUUACAUUUCCACUAUAAGUGGAGAAUGAAAAAUGAAAAGGUUGUAAAUUUUGAGUGUGUUGAUGUCUUUAAGUUGAAUUCUGAUGCAAAUAAGUUUGAGAAAAUAACUAUAAUUUAUGAUACCCAUCCAUUGAGGGCAGCCUUCGACGAUGUCAAGAUGUCAUAA